CAUGAUAUUAGGUAGGUACAGGUGGCCACGUGCUCUCUUGAGCAGUUUGGAGCAAUGACACAUUAUCGACGCAGAACAAUACCCUGUCUCAUAUACGGCAAUUCGGAGAGGUCCAGUGAAUGCCACUGAGACCAUCAACUUGGCUUUCUGUAAAUCGAACGUCCCCUGUUACCAACACCGCGGGGCGAUCUGCUCACACUUUCCUCCCAGCCCGUUUCUGAACCCGGAGAAAGACCUCAGGCUGCAUGUGAUGUACGCAGUAAAGGUACGAUGCACGAAGGCACCACCUCAGUUCUCCCAGACAACCGAGCUCCGAAAUCAAACUUUCUCGCUCGGAACCUUGCCGAAUGACUACAGUGAGGCAACCUAGGGCUUCGUAGAGCAGAGUCCAGUGGUAAUUGUCAUGACCUGAAGCAUGCAUCUCAUGUUCAGCCACAUACCAUCAGAUGCAUGCAACAUGAAACAGAUGCGAUUUUUCAGCCGCGUUGCUCUCAGAACCAUCAUUUGCCUGCUCAGAAUUCCCCAGAGCUUUUGCACUUUGACCUUCUCAGCGUUGUUUGCUUGAGUCGUUUCCGUCCCCCAUUCGAAGAAAAUCAAAAGUUGAUCUCACAAUCGCGACCCACACAACUGGAUUUUCAGAUGCAGAUGCCAAACCAUGACACAUAUGAAGACGAGAGAUUCAUCAAAGCACUCAGAGUCUUCAGCUGCAAGUUUGUGUUCUCGCCAAUCUCACAAUUACGCCACCGUGGUACUUGGCGAAAGCUUGACGAGUGCAUGAUAUCACGAACUCGUUAAAGGAACCUCAUUUGCCCAAUUGGAUAUGCGCGGCAUCGGAGCAGGCGCCGCUGCAAGCCAAAAAUCACGCGUCAGCAGAGACUUUUCUAUUUGGGAGUUCCAGACUGGCGGGUGCGUUUGUUUGCAUUAGACAAAGCUUAUCGUUACCAAGAGAUGCCAAUGAAAGCUUAGCAUUUCAUCUCGACGUUUCUCGGGACCUGUGGCGUUGGCUUGUGCGAGCUAUAUGUAGAAAUAUCUUGCAGUGUCCACCUUCACAGUCGUGAUAUCAGGACUGUGUGAUAUCAGCACUGGGAGGCGCAAGUGUUUGUUCCAGCCCUUGGCAGAGAAUUUCUCUUGUCGGAGUGUCUUCCGUAUGUUCGAAGAGUCUUGUGCCCAUGCUAUCUACCACACGUCCAUUCGAAGGCCACCAAGUCGUCACAUCAUGGAUGUCUUCAAUAUUGAAGGUUUUGGCUUGCAUUGUGGCUGUCAGCAUCUUUUGGGAAGCAUUCAUGAGGAGUAGGGCUGCUGGAUAUUUAAUGGAAAGGUUCCUCUCCCCAAGAUAGAUCUAGAGCAUUCGUCUUCAGUAAGUCUCUAUAUCGACGUGACGACAACGAUCUUUCCGUUUCGGAAGUCCUAGAACUGUUUGUCAUCAUGUUGACCCCAAAGCCGCUUCUUGUCAGCUUGGCAUCAUCAUUGCUAGUUGGUCUGACCUCAGCAGCAGGAGUUGGGCCCAGUCCGGCGUACAAACACCUCUACGAAUUUCCAUUACCUGUGCCGCCAGUCGCAACCCCACUUACGACCUAUACCAAACCAAACGGCGCAAAGAUCGACUAUUAUGAAAUCCGCAUCAAGGGUUUCACCCAACAGGUGUAUCCAGAGCUUCCACCAACCAAACUGGUAGGGUACAAUGGAAUUUCUCCAGGUCCCACAUUCCAUAUGACUUUUGGUACCGAGGCAGUGGUACGUUUCAUCAAUGAAGGAAACGACAAGCCAACCGUCACUCACCUGCACGGCUCCAUCACACACCCACCGUGGGACGGCUGGGCAGAAGACACCAUUCCUGUCGGAUACUAUAAAGAUUACUACUACCCAAAUGCCCAACGAGCUCGAACUCUCUGGUACCACGACCAUGCAAUCGAUCAUACGGCGGAGAACGCAUACUUCGGCCAAGCAGGAUUUUACCUCCUUACUGACAACGAUGAGAAAGCGUCGGGACUCCCACAAGGAAAAUAUGACAUCCCGAUGGCACUCUCGUCGAAACAGUACGGCAAGGAUGGUCAGCUUGUGUCCCCCGCCACGCAACCAGGUGUCAGCUUGUUUGGAGAUAUCAUCCAUGUUAACGGGCAACCGUGGCCAUACCUCAAUGUUGAACCCAGGAAGUACAGAUUCCGCAUGGUAGACGUGUCUAUCAGUCGCGCAUUCCGCUUGUACUUUGUCACUGAUCUUGGGAUCCUUGAGGAUGAUACGGCACACCACAUUCCAUUCUACGUUGUCGGGUCCGACAGUGGCCGAACAUCCAAGCCUGUUCAGACUCCCGAUCUCUGGAUCUCUAUGGCCGAGCGCUGGGAAAUCGUUGUAGAUUUUGCGCCGUAUGCUGGGAAGUCGAUUUACAUGAAGAAUUUCUACACCGUGCAGGCCGAUACUCCGUACAACAACACCAAUCAGGUCAUGAAGUUCAAUGUCGGAAGCUCCGCCCCAGAUACUUCCAACAACGGGGCGAUGCCCCCUUCAUUUGCUCCACUUCCCCUUCCACCUUCCAAGGACUUGUCCAAGCCGGACCAUAUCUUCAACUUUGAGUCAAAAAACGGCGCCUGGAAGAUCAACGGUGUUACGUUUGACGAUGUGAACAACCGGGUCAUCGCCAAGCCACCACGUGGAUCCGUUGAACUUUGGAAGCUGGUUAACAAUGGCGGAGGAUGGUCUCAUCCAAUCCACGUUCAUCUCGUCGAUUUCCAAGUUGUGUCAAGACAGAAGGGCUCUCGUGGAGUUCAGCCAUAUGAAGCUGCAGCCAUGCAAGAUGUUGUGCUUCUGGGCCAAAAUGAAGAAGUCUAUGUACUCGCCCGCUAUACUCCUUGGGAAGGCCUUUAUAUGUUCCACUGCCACAAUCUUGUCCAUGAAGACCACGCGAUGAUGGCAGCAUUCAACGUCUCCUCCCUCCCAGACUUCAACUAUCCCGACAACACCGCACGAUUCAUCAACCCAAUGGAUCCCCGCUUCAUCUCAAAGAAGUACGAUGCUUCAGUUCAGACUUUGGAUAAUGCUAUGAACGUCGUCCUGCCCAGUUUCGGAAAUCUCAAAGCAUAUGAUAACCAUGAAGGUGCUGAGGACGCACUAGUUUCGUAUUACAAGACUGCUACCAGUACGAUUUCCGACACAGCGCCGACGCAGUCCGAGUUCAACGGGAAGGUGAGGCGCGAGGCAUAUGCUACUGCUGUACCGUUCACUGCAUAA